GGACAUACAGCCCACUGAGAUAAGGUAGUUUGAAGUUGCGAACGUUAGAGCUCUAUAAACGAGAAACUCCAAAACUUACAAAAGGAAAGGGGGCACUGUUAGCUCUGAAGACACGGAUACCUAUUGAAACCAAUAGAUAUUUUUUUACAAAGGCACCGCUUUUUCUUUCGGAAACUGAACGAGUUAGGUUACUUAUCCGUCGUAGGAACAAAGCAGAAAUCGACUGAAUACGACACUACACUAUCUAAAAGGAGACUUCGGAAACCGUUUUCGAGAAGGCGAUUAACAACAACACAGGAAGGAUCUUUGUCCUACUUUUGUGAACGUUCAGUUUUUUUAUGUAUUUAGAUCUGCCGUUUUCCGCACGUCGCCCUACUAUGGUCAUAAUGGAAGUCCCCAGUAUCGACUGCGCCACCUUCCGAAAUCUGUUGGAGGGGGACGGAGCGGGCUGCCUUGUCCUGGACUGCCGCUCUUUCUUUUCGUUCAACUCCUGUCACAUACCCGGUUCAACUAAUGUGCGUUUUAGCACUAUAGUGCGCCGGAGAGCAAGAGGGGGUUUGGGUUUGGAACAUAUUGUUCCCAACGAGCAAACCAGGAACAGACUCCUAUCUGGGGAGUACCAGGCGGUUGUGUUUCUGGAUGACCGGAGCUUUGACUUUGAUCAAGUGAAAAAGGAUGGCACGUUAAUGCUCGCGGUGAACGCCUUGUGCCGCGACCCAUGUGGCGCCAGUAUAUUUUUGCUGAAAGGUGGAUUCGAGACUUUUUCCUCCGAGUUCCCCGAUAUGUGCACCAAGCCGGCUCCCCCCCAGGGUUUGUGCCUGCCGCUGAGCGCCAAUUCCCAGCCCAACAGUGCGGAAUCCGGCUGCAGCUCGUGCAACACCCCCCUCUACGACCAGGGUGGGCCGGUAGAGAUCCUGCCAUUUCUGUACCUGGGCAGUGCAUAUCACGCAUCCAGAAAAGACAUGUUGGACACCCUGGGCAUCACGGCCCUCGUCAACGUCUCUGCCAACUGCCCGAAUCACUUUGAUGGCCACUACCAAUACAAGAGCAUUCCGGUGGAGGACAACCACAAAGCUGACAUCAGCUCCUGGUUCAACGAAGCUAUUGAAUUUAUUGACUCGGUGCGGAACGCCGGUGGGCGCGUUUUCGUGCACUGCCAGGCGGGCAUCUCUCGCUCCGCCACCAUCUGCCUGGCGUACCUGAUGCGGACCAACCGCGUGCGCCUGGACGAGGCCUUUGAGUUCGUCAAGCAGCGGCGGAGCAUCAUCUCGCCCAACUUCAGCUUCAUGGGGCAGCUGCUGCAGUUCGAGUCGCAGGUGCUGGCCUCCUCCACCUGCUCGGCCGAGGCGGGCAGCCCCGCCCUGGGCCAGAGCGCCACCGUCUUCAACUUCCCCGUCUCCAUCCCCGUCCUCCCCAACGCCAGCCCCCUGGCCUUCCUGCAGAGUCCCAUCACCACCUCUCCCAGCUGCUGAGGGGCCGAGGGGGCGGGCCGCGUCGCUGUGGCGCUCUCCGGGUCCCCGGACGCCGCAAGGAGGACUCUGCAACGCUUGGGACUUAGACCCCCCCCCCCCCCCCCCGGCUCGGGCCGAGGUUGUGCAUUCGGGCCGCUUUGCAGAAGCACUAGACCCCUCCCCCCUAAUGCCACAGGGGCCAAUGGCGUUCGUCCGUACGUCCCUGUGGGCAGUAGACCUGAAUUUGAAGCGUUGUGACUGACUGCCAUUGAAGGAAAUGCUGGACUUGCGCUGAAAAGCUCACCCCCCACCCCCACCCUCAAGCCGAAGACAAGAUGCAAGUGUUCGGCAUGUGACAGAAGUGGAGUGCAAGGGGAGGGGGGGCUUGAGCAUUUACCCCCCACUUCUUCUGUGUAUUCAGACAGGGUCCGGUUUAGAACUGCCAUGACCAGGGUGCAUGGGGAGGGGGGGGGGUUCUUCUUAAAUAACCAGGCUUGUGUUCCACCCUAUAAGCUGAUGGAGAAGGGGAUGACAUCCCUUUUGCCUCAUAAGACAGGAGUAUUUAAUGCUUCUGUUCUCUCAGGUGAAUAUUUAUAUGUAUUUGGUAGCUUAAGUUGCUUUCGAAGCGGCCUGUUUUAUUUCACAGCAGUGGGGAUUUUUCGUCGCUAUGGCUAGUGGCUAGAUACCGGGUCACGCCCCUCCCCCACGCGGGUUCAGUUCAGUGAAUGUAUUACCCUUUUAUUAGAAAAAUCUGAAUUGCCUGCAGGAGAUUGCUGUCACAAUCAAGACCGGCCCUCAUCUCUGCAAUGCCAAUAGUUGCCUUUUUUUGGAACGUUCCCUGAUCCCAACCGGAGAACGAACUGAAUAUGACCGCAGAUUACCUCAUGACUGUGUACUGCUGUGCAGUCCUGUG